AUGAAAUUUAAGCCGUCACGCCGUGAUGGCUUACCCAGAAUUGGGUGUAUAAGUCAAAUAGAUAACUACCCUGAUGUUAACUUCACCACACCUAACUGUCUCCUCUACACAAAAUUUGGUGCCGUCCCUUUUCUCACCAAUGAUAUUGUAAAACAAAUUUAUGGUUUACCCAACCUCACAUUCGCAUCCUUAAAUUUCCUACGUGAACGUUUCAAGGUUUUCCGAAAGUUUGGCAAGGGCUUGGCCCAGUACUCUGGUCUAGGGAUUCCUGUCAUUCUUUUUCAAAAUGACCCUACUGAAGCAGCCGUGACUCGUGCUGUUGAUAAAACAUCUAUUCAAGUAUGGGCUGUUGGCGGUCGUUUGCCCGUAACCAUGGAGCAGUAUGCCGAUUGUGUUGUCAAUGCGCUUCCCGUGGCCUUUCAGAUGCCGGUGGAUAACGAAACCUCCUUUCCAGAUUCAACAGCACCAACAAAGAAGCGGUGUCAAAAGUCGGUGCAGCGCACAAGAUCCUACGCGUCUAUGCUAGAGGAAAUCGUGGCAUCGAAUGAGAAACUUCAGAAAAUCCCGCCUCUCAUCUCUGUGGCUGGUGGAAAUGACCUUGAUCAACGUCUCCGCGGAAUUACUUCCGUGGAUUUCAGUCGUGCAUCUGGCAUCGUGCUUGAUGGCUUCUUCCACGAAUCCCUCGAGGGAGAUCGGUCAUCUCACUUGGAGACCGUCUUCUCUAUCCUCUCCUCUGUCUGCUCCCGCUUUCCUCCUCACCUUCCACGCUUUCUCACCAACCUCUGGCAGCCGGAUGAAGUGGUCCGCGCCUGUCUCUGUGGCGUCGAUCUAUUCGACGGCAGUCUACCCUUCCGUCUUACCCGUAGUGGCAUUGCCUGGCUGUACACCGCAUAUCGCAAGGACAUGGUCAGCUCUGCCUGGAUUUGCUUCCCACUGCAGGCGGAAGACCUGAAGGCCGAAGUUUACCGACAACCGAUGCAACCGGAUUGCCCAUGCUUUGCAUGUCAGCGACACAAUCAGGGCUAUGUGUCACACUUGCAUAGUGUGAAAGAGAUGCUGGCUCACAUUCUCCUCAUGAUUCACAAUUCCACACAGUGCUACGCCUUCUUCGCCGACUUGAGACAGGCUAUUGCGGAUGGACGAGUGGAUGAAUUUGCGGAGAUGUCAAAGGCCCAUCACUUCCCUGAGGACCUUCUACACAUCGAUUUGACUAUAAAGACCAUCCAAAACGGCGAUUUUUGUCUGGUUAAUGACGGUGGACCCACGCUUUCCCUAACUACACAAUAUUUAGCUGACACGCACUGUCUUCCAGGAGUCGAUCUUCACACCGGUUGCAUGGAUCCCUAUUCUUACCAUCUGGGCUGUCAUUCUCCCGAUGUGGUUAUGGGUUUAUAA